AUGGCCCCUUACCAAUACAACAUGGAGCACCGCUGCAUCUCAGAAUGCGCGGCCUCCUUCUUGUUCAUAUUUCUAAUGGAGUCCCUUCUGGCCAACAAGCUGCUUCCCAAGACCAAGGGUCACAACAUUGGUUUUGGCUUCGUGGCUGUGGGGGUGGGCUUCUCCGUGUUCAUUGCACUCCAGUGCUUCGGCUUCAUCAGCAGUGCCCUCAAUCCUGCUGUUACUCUUGCAUUCACCAUCCUGGGUGACAUCCCGUGGAACCACUUCCCUGCAAUCGCGGGCUCCCAGGUGCUGGGCUCCUUCCUGGGCGCCGUCGUUGUCUGGCUCUUCUACAUGCCGCACUUCAGCACGGUGCCCGAACCGCCGCCCAAGAAGGACGAGGACCGCCUGCUGCGCACGCGCGACGACCUGGGUGACAGCGCCUUGCGCUUCGCCUCUUACAACACUGCCCCCCCGCUCCACACCCUCUCGUCCCGACUGCGCUCCUUCGGCCGCAUAGGCUCCCGCGCCUACAGGGCUGAGGACGUCCUUGGCAGGGACGCCGUGCUGGGCCGCCAGAGGCGGCUGGAGCGGCGCCGAUCGGUGUCGAUCGCGGACCUGCAUGAGCGCCUGGUGCAGCUUGAACAAGUGCACGGGGGAGAGCCUGUCUGUUCGACAAGAAGGAAGCGGCAGCGCGCGACCGGGAGUCUCAAACGGAACGCCCUGGGGACCCACGAGGAGGAGAUGAGGGCGAGGGUGGACGGCCACCCCCUGCGCAGUGGCAGCCUGCAGGCGCUGGUGCAGCACGAGCAAAAGAGCGACCUGUACUUCGCGGGGGCACCCCCGCCAGGGCCCGAGGGCCCGCCGUCGUUGCGGCCGGACGACGCGACGGAAGCGGCGACGGAAGAAACGACGGAGGAUGGGGAGGGGGGCAGGCGCGGCGGGUCCGCGAAGUUCGCGUUCGGGCGGCAGGCCGGGCGGCACCUGCGCAGCAAGCUUCGGAGCGCCUUUGCCAUGGACGUCCCCACGCGGUCGGACCGCCUGCUGGAUGCCAGCAUCGUCGCGGACCAGAACGCCAAGCUGUCGGUGUUCUGCAUGCGGCCGUCCAUCUACGACCCGCUCCCCAACCUCCUGGCCGAGGUCAUCGCGACGGCCGUGCUCAUCGUUGGCGUCUGCCUCAUCUCCGAGAGGGGCACCAUGCUGUUCGAGCCUGCGGACGGCCUGUACGUGCACGCCAUCAGGUCGCUGUACAUCGGCCUGCUGUUCGUCGUGCUGGUGCUCAGCCUGGGGGGCACGGGCGUGGCCAUGAACCCCGCGAGGGACUUUGGCCCCCGGCUGGCGCACUACCUCCUGCCCAUUGCCGGCAAGGGGCAGUCGGAGUGGUACUAUGCGUGGAUACCCAUCGUCGGCCCUUUUAUCGGCGGGGCGAUUGGCGUGGGGCUGCAUAAGGCGCUCCAGAUGCUGAACAACUCGUCGGUCGAGGGCGGAUAUUACGACGACGAGAUCGGAAGCCUGUUGGAUGCCUCUGGCUCGUGA